CCCCACCCCCACCUACUAAGGCUCCCGGCGCGCCGCGCGCCGCUCACUGGCCGCGUCCCCGCCGCCUCCCCGCAGCCGCCGAUCCCGCCGAUCCCGCCGCGACCUCACCAAAAUGCCGUCUCAAAUGGAACACGCCAUGGAAACCAUGAUGUUCACGUUUCACAAAUUCGCUGGGGAUAAAGGCUACUUGACGAAGGAGGACCUACGAGUACUCAUGGAAAAGGAGUUCCCUGGGUUUUUGGAAAAUCAAAAAGACCCUCUGGCUGUAGACAAAAUAAUGAAGGACCUGGACCAGUGCCGAGACGGCAGAGUGGGCUUCCAGAGCUUCUUCUCGCUAAUUGCUGGGCUCACCAUCGCAUGCAAUGACUAUUUCGUAGUACACAUGAAGCAGAAGGGGAGGAAGUGAGCAGUCGCUUUGUCCUGAUAAGAGUUCUCCCAAUGGGUCCCUUAAGGAAUAUGUGCCCCAUAGCUUCCCCCUGUAUAAGAAUUUCAUGAGCAGGUGGGGACCCUUAAAAAAAAAAAUGUACAAAUAAAAUCCCACCCCCAUUGAACAAGAGAAAGAAAAGCCAAUAAAGCCAGAUAAGCUUUUGAUUUUUAUAUUGCUUGUAUCCUCUUGUCCCCACAAUAAACAAGUUUCUUUUUUAGUUCCUAA